UUGCGAAAAUAGACAACAUGUCGACGUAUUUGCAAAUCUAGCACUCGUAUUCGGUAUCUCAAAUACCGAAAUUUGAAUUUCGGAAACUGAAAAUCCGAAAACACCGUAUUCGGCAACUGAGGUGCCGAAUACGGCACUGUGGGCCGUAUUCGGCACCUCAGUUGCCGAAUACGCCGGCCGACCGAUUUGCCACCGCUUUUUGCUGCGUCGCAUCAAUCUCUUUUACGUCACAUCAAUCAAUUUUCCCUUCCCUCCCGUGAUGCUUUCGGCCGGUGCAUGCAUGUGUUUUUUUGGCGCCACACGCGGAGAGAUCGCUGGUCUGCUGAAUAAAUUGAGGUCGCAGCAGCAGCAGAGCAGAGAAGGGAGAAGAGAAGGGAGCAGAGGAACGCGAGAAGCAUCAGCAGAAGAGGAGCAACGCAAGCACUUAAUUAGCUUUCGUACCGCCUUAAAUCAUUAUCAUGGCUCAUGGUGGUCUUCCCGAGCUUCUUCAGCAGCGGUACGACGAGAACCAUAGGGGAAGGAUGAUAUUCACAGGACAACAGUUGGGUCCGUUACGAGCCCGGAGUGUGCACAAGAUUAAGGAGUUGGACCCUCGAUUCCACGAGCCACUCGCACGGGCGGGACUACUACCUUUUGCUCUCAUGAUGGACGGAGCUCCCAUGGAGGUCGGUGGUAGGACACCUCUCCCGGCAAUUGAUGAGGCACUGCUCACAGGUCUCGUCGACCGCUGGCGUCCUGAGACACACACUUUCCACUUUCCUUUUGGUGAGAUGGCAGUAACACUGCGGGACGUGGCCAUGCUGACCGGGCUGCCAAUAAGGGGUGCCCCGUUAAUAGUUUCGCGACCCGCAAGGGAGCAGUGGAAGGGUUAUGUUGCAGAUAGGUUUGGUGUGCAAUACGACGGGAAGGAUGCUGGCCUCUCCAUGUCCUGGGUUCAUGGGCUGACACAGUUCGGUCCAUGCCCACUGGAUGCGGACGAGAAUACACUUAUGCAACACUAUGAGGUGUACUUAUACGUCCUGCUCGGAGGCAUCAUGUUCUGCAACACGGCAGGCGAUUAUGUCGUCCCACAUAUUGUAUGGUUAGCAGCCCACCUCGCGUCACAUCCUUAUGAGCCUACAUCUUACAGUUGGGGAUCUGCAGUGUUGGCUGCAACCUACAGAGGAUUGUGUGAUGCAACCCAGCGAACAAAGAGGAAGGCAACCAUUACAGGGUGCUUACAUCUCUUACAGUUAUGGAGUUGGGAGUACCUCCCGAUUUUCAGACCUUGGGUGCUCAAGUGCUACUACCCAGUUCACAUCUCUGAUGGCAUUGCAGAUGACAUAAGGCCAACGAUGGGGUAUCGGUGGAUUCAUGCCAGGCUAAGAUGGAGUCAGCAGCAAGACCAUGGUAACUACUCCAGGGUGAUAAGUGACCUGGACAUCCUUAGCGCUGAUCUAGUGGAUUGGGAUCCAUGGCGUAUGGCACGAGUAAAAGAAAUUGCAGAUGGUGGACUCCUGGCAUCCUCUUGUAGCCGUGACGCAGACUUAUGGUUGACCACAUGCUUCUUGUUGUACAUGAACUGCGUGGAAGUAUAUUCUCCAGAACGUGUACAGAGGCAGUUCGGGUACCGACAGGUGGUGCCUGUUCCAGCACCACGAGACGCCGGACGGGCGCAUGAGUGGAGCUCAAAGGGGGGCGGAGGCACGCAGGACUAGGCAUCCAAGAAUGCCGAGUACAUACGGAGGUGGACAGAAUCAGCUGCGGUGGAUAUCAUCAUUACUGCUGGACAAUACGACGAGGCCACGUACUGGGACUACCUUGCUUGGUACCGUCCGCGCACGCGUGCCACCUUACUCAGCGGACUUGUACAGCCGGGCCCCAGACCCUUCCCCGAGGAUCGUGCCCGCCUACUUCAUGUUGUGACUGAAGAGGCGUAUGAGAUGCAUACGCAAGCGGAUCAACCUUUUGGGGAACCAAGCAGGUCAUCAUCGCAGAGGGAUCGUAACCCUCUCCGGGAGUACAUGAGGACAAGAGGAUCCCGCUUCCUAAACGCUAUACGU